AUUCAACAGUAGCUGCUCACAUUAAGGAGAUUAUGAAAAGUUUGAUGAUAACCGCAUCAUAUCCAGCCAAUAACAAUAAAAUGAGUAGCUACGAUAAUGUUCAUGCUUGCCCGCACGCUUUCUCUCUCUCCGCUCCAAGAUCUCAACCAUGGCAAUGAAAGGAACACUACGAAACCAAACUUUAAUGAUUGGCAAAUCGGGCUCUUCUGUGGUUUCUUACCAAGAAGAAGAUGCACAAUGCCCUGUUUGUAAAAGUGACAAGUAUCUCACGCCCAACCUCAAACUUCUCGUUUCACCAUGUUUUCAUAAAAUGUGUGAAUCGUGUAUCGAUCGAUUGUUCAGUGCGGGUCCUGCGCCAUGUCCGAUUUGUCAGCAAGUGCUGCGCAAGAAUCAAUUCAUGUCUCAGAUCUUUGAGGAUCUUGCAGUUGAAAAAGAAGUGCGGAUACGAAAACGAGUCAGCAAAGUGUAUGUAAUUUUCUUAUUGUGUGUAUAUGUUAAUCUGUAGAAAGGCUAUCGUUUAACAAGAGCAAGACAUAUUUCAGGUUUAAUAAACGACCAGAAGAUUUCCCAAGUUUACGGUGACGUAUGGUUAAAUCAGCUUUCAAUUUGAUGAACGAGGUGGAUGUUGCGGAGACCGAGGCUAGAAUCACGGCAUAUGAGAUGGAAAACAAAGACAGUAUAGCAGCAAAUGAGGCUAGAAUGG